AAAGAAGAGUGUCCAGCUCCUCCCGGGGCUGCCCGCCCGCAGCCGCUCCUUCUCUGCCCACCUACUAUGAGGGGCAGCUCCACCCACCUGCCCAUAAAAGCCAAGUGCAUGUUACCAGCAGCGGAUCAGAGCACUUUCCCGGUCCUCUCCUGUGGGAGCCCUGAGCCUCUCUCCUGGAUCUUACGUGCUCAAGAAGCUGUUCUGGACGUGGAGCAGCAUCUGAACAGACAGAAACCAGCCCCAGGCGUGCCACAGGAAGGCACGAGCAAGGACAGUAGUCCUCAAUUCUGCAGACGGGCCAAGCCUAAAUGUGAUGGCUGGGCCACCUGCCCCUCUGCAGCUGCUGGGAGUGCUGCUUACCAUUUCCCUGGGCUCCAUCCAGCUCAUCCAAGCUGGUGCCUACUAUGGAAUCAAGCCACUGCCACCUCAAAUUCCUCCUCAGAUCCCACCACAAAUUCCGCAAUACCAGCCCCUGGGCCAGCAAGUACCUCACAUUCCUUUGGGAAAAGAUGGCCUUAAUGUGGGCAAGGAGCUGCCACACAUGCAGUAUGGCAAAGAGUAUCCACACCUACCCCAGUAUAUGAAGGAAAUUCAGCCGGCGCCAAGAAUGGGCAAGGAAGCGGCACCCAAGAAAGGCAAAGUAGAAAUACCACUAGCUAGUUUACGAGGGGAGCAAGGUCCCCGUGGAGAGCCUGGCCCAAGAGGACCACCUGGGCCCCCUGGUUUACCAGGUCAGGGGAUACCUGGAAUCAAAGGAAAACCAGGGCCACAGGGAUAUCCAGGAAUUGGAAAGCCAGGAAUGCCUGGAAUGCCAGGAAAGCCGGGAGCCAUGGGAAUGCCUGGGGCAAAAGGUGAAAUUGGACCCAAAGGGGAGAUCGGGCCUAUGGGGAUCCCAGGACCACAAGGACCUCCAGGGCCUCAUGGACUUCCUGGCAUUGGGAAGCCAGGUGGGCCAGGGUUACCAGGGCAACCAGGUGCCAAAGGUGAGCGAGGACCCAAAGGACCACCAGGACCUCCAGGCCUUCAGGGUCCUAAAGGAGAGAAGGGCUUUGGGAUGCCAGGUCUGCCAGGCCUAAAGGGUCCUCCAGGAAUGCAUGGCCCUCCUGGCCCUGUUGGACUUCCAGGAGUGGGCAAACCAGGAGUGACAGGCUUCCCUGGGCCCCAGGGCCCCCUGGGCAAGCCAGGCCCUCCAGGUGAACCUGGGCCACAAGGCCCCAUUGGGGUCCCAGGGGUUCAAGGACCUCCUGGGAUUCCUGGAAUUGGAAAACCAGGUCAGGAUGGGAUCCCUGGGCAGCCAGGAUUCCCAGGUGGCAAAGGGGAGCAAGGACUGCCAGGGCUGCCAGGACCUCCAGGCCUUCCAGGAAUUGGGAAACCAGGCUUCCCAGGACCCAAAGGCGACAGGGGUGUAGGGGGUCUUCCUGGGGCUCUGGGACCAAGAGGGGAGAAAGGACCGGUAGGUGCCCCUGGAUUGGGGGGUCCCCCAGGAGAGCCAGGCCUGCCUGGAAUCCCAGGUCCCAUGGGCCCUCCAGGUGCUAUUGGUUUUCCUGGACCCAAAGGAGAAGGUGGGGUUGUGGGACCACAGGGACCACCAGGUCCCAAGGGUGAACCAGGGCUUCAAGGAUUCCCAGGAAAGCCAGGUUUCCUUGGUGAAGUAGGGCCUCCUGGCAUGAGGGGUUUGCCAGGUCCCAUAGGGCCCAAGGGAGAAGCUGGGCACAAAGGUUUGCCGGGGCUUCCUGGUGCCCCAGGGCUGCUUGGACCAAAGGGAGAACCAGGAAUCCCAGGGGAUCAGGGUUUACAGGGCCCCCCGGGCAUCCCAGGGAUUGCAGGUCCUAGUGGCCCCAUUGGACCACCUGGAAUUCCAGGCCCCAAAGGGGAACCAGGUCUCCCAGGACCCCCUGGGUUCCCUGGAGUAGGGAAGCCCGGAGUAGCAGGACUUCAUGGCCCCCCAGGGAAGCCUGGUGCCCUUGGUCCCCAAGGCCAGCCAGGCCUUCCAGGGCCCCCAGGCCCUCCAGGGCCCCCAGGCCCCCCAGCUGUGAUGCCCCCAACACCACCCCCACAUGGAGAGUAUCUGCCAGAUAUGGGGUUGGGGAUUGAUGGGGCAAAACCCCCUCACGCCUAUGGUGCUAAGAAAGGCAAGAAUGGAGGGCCAGCCUAUGAGAUGCCUGCCUUUACUGCUGAGCUGACUGCACCUUUCCCACCGGUGGGGGCCCCGGUGAAGUUUGACAAACUGCUCUAUAACGGCAGACAAAACUACAACCCGCAGACUGGCAUCUUUACCUGUGAGGUCCCUGGGGUCUACUACUUUGCAUACCACGUUCAUUGCAAGGGGGGCAACGUGUGGGUUGCUUUGUUCAAGAACAACGAACCUGUGAUGUACACGUAUGACGAGUACAAAAAGGGCUUCCUGGACCAGGCGUCCGGGAGUGCAGUGCUGCUGCUCCGGCCUGGAGACCGGGUGUUCCUCCAGAUGCCCUCUGAACAGGCUGCAGGACUGUAUGCUGGGCAGUACGUCCAUUCCUCUUUUUCAGGAUAUUUAUUAUAUCCCAUGUAAAAAAGAAAAUAAGAGAGAGAUUUAAUAGAAGAAAAUGAUGCACCAAAAAAUCCAAAUGAGAAACACAAUUGCUUCAAGAUAUUUACAUAGUUGGAAAGUUGUAUUUAAGUGAAAAUUUGAACCAUCAUGUACAAAUAAAAACUAAGAUGCAUGUUUAGUGCUCCGUGCAGCAGCUUGUAAUUGAAAAUGAUGGGAUAGAUUUAUGUAUCAAGUACUGACACUUGUGUUGUACCCACUGGAAUCAUAUUAGCUGUUGUAUGUUAUGUGCUUCCAUGAUAACCUGCUUAUUCAGAUCAAAGUAUUUCAGUAUGAAAGAUCAUAGCUAAUCAAAGUCACUCACUCAUAUUGUUUACUUUGAAAUAUUUAUAAAUAUGGCUUAAAGAAAUGUCAAUGAUAACAAUUACAUACCGUAUUUACUUGCAUAAUUUCCUCUGUAUUUGUGCGGAUAUUUUGCCAUGGGAUGUUGGGGAGGAGUUCUGCACUGCUCCUCUCCAGUGAGAGGGGGACAGGAACCAGGGUAGGGCUUUGGUCCAAGGGAUAUUGCUCCCCUGUUGGAGGCUGUGUCUUUUACAACAAGAGUCCUACUCAGAACUAUGUGUCUAGUGUCCCUAGAACAGCAAAUGAAUUGAUCAACUGUAGUAUAUUUACUCGUGCCUUCUCUGUGCCUAGCACUGGAUGAGACACUUUUGUGGGGCUUAAGACAGUGCCCACAGGGACCUAACAAACCAACUGGGAGACGUGAGCAGGAAUCAACUCAUUUAUUCCCCAAGGGUCCUUUUUGCCUGUUUUUCGUUUUUUUUGUUGUUUUUUUUUUCCUUGUGACUGUUUUUCUUUCUUCUUUUCACCAUGUAAUUUCCACUAUGACCCAACUAAUACAAACACCUGGAAGUUAUAAGAAAAAAAUAACCUUCUCCCACAAUAACUUCCCAGUUUUGUGGAAUGUUCAUUGUCAAUAGCAGUACUUAGUUGUGUAUACAUGCAUAUAAUAAUCCCCCUCCUUUGCCUACACUCAAAUGACUACAAUGAGGCUUCAUUCAUGAAGGGGAUAUCAGCACUUUUCAGUAGCUAUUAAAUUUGGAAGAAAUUUCCCUGGGUAGUAUAUAUGCUAAUCAGUAUGUCACCUAAGAUUUGAAAGUGAAUUUCCUAAGUCCAAGCCAUCCUUUAUUUGGGAAGAAGGGCAGAGUGCCAGAAUUACACAGGAAAAUAAUUUUUUUUUGAAAAAAAUAAUCUCUGAAGGUUUACAUCUAAAAAGUAAAUGUACUACUUCCUGCUGUAGGUACUAAAAAUGCAGGAAAAGAACUAUUUCUUUAGAAGCAAUCUGUGGAAGAGCAAUCUGGAAUGUCAAAGGGCAUGCUUUUUAUGUCACUCCAUAAGUACAAGAAUCAAUACAACUUUAAAGAGAAAAAUAAAUAUUUUUCCAGGUUUUCUCUCAGUUACAUACUAAUUGCUUCACACAUUCAAAUCUGGUUUCAAAACACAGACAAAGCAUCACAAGUUGGCUAUGAGUCUGCUGCAACAUUAUAAGCCACUGGGGGGAAUCAAUGUGGGGCUAUGGUGAUGGAAUCUUGUAUCUCUUCCUCAAAAUUAAGAUUGAGGAAAUGAGGAGACAGGUACAGAUGGGGAAAUACACAAAUAAAUACGGUAUAAACACACAUGGAAUUGUGUCUAUGUCAAAUAUGAAUCAUUUUAACUAUUAUGAAAAUUCUCCUCAGCCUAAUAUCAGUCUUUUCCCUAUAAGGUUAUAAGCACCAUUUCUUCUCAAUUUCUUAAAAAGAGAAAUGAGUUCAUUACUACAUGGUUUCUUAUUUAUAACUAAUUACAUGACAAAUUUUUCCCAUCAAAAAGAUAUCCCACCCAGCCUUCAUUUUCAAAGCAGAGAGCAUUUAUGUGGCCAAAUAUCCUUUGGGUUGGUUUUGAAGAUGCUGGUUUUGGGCUGAUGACUAGGACGGCCACAUGGAUCCACUGGGCUCUGUCUGCUGAAUAGCUGCAUUCAAAUGCCUUGGAAGCAAAUCAGAUCAGCUGAUUUAUAAAACUGUAUUUAUCUGUACAUGUAUGGGCUUUUUAUUUCCAAGAGAGAAAGUAUCUCUUUAGUGAAAACCAAAUUUCACUUUUCAAAUACCUUCCAACUUAUUUAUUGGUUGCUACUCAAUUUCCUGUGUGUGUGUAUGCAUGUGUGUGUGUGUGUGUAAGUCCAAGUGCACAUUUGUGCAUGUGUGUAUUAUCAGGCAUAUGCUUCUAACUUUUAGAUAGGAAAGGAGCAAAAUCUAUGCCAGAUACUGUGUAUUCUACAAUGGUGCUAAUCUCAGAGCUAAAUGAAUUACUCCAUUUAAUUUAAAAAAAGAGUUUUAAAUAAUUGUCUAUGUAUCUAUGUUUCCCUUUUGAGUGCUGCACAUCAUGUUGACACAUUUAGUAUAAAAGCAUAUGAAACAACCACAUGUUCUAAAGUCUAGGGAUAGUGUUACAAUCCCUAUUUAAUUCAAAAUUAACUAGAACUUUUCCAUGUGAAAUGAACCAAAUUGAUAAUAUUGUUAUUUAAAUACAGAGUUUUAAUGCAGUAUGACAUCCCACAGGGGAAAAGAAUGUCUAUAGGGGGUGACUGUUCUCAAGUAUUUUACAGGAUACCAUGAAUGAUGAACAGACUGGUAACUUUUUUUGAGUUUCCAUGAUAGAUUUGAGACUUGUCAAUAGCAAAUCAUUUUUGUAUUUAAAUUUUUGUACUGAUUUGAAAAAAAAAGUCUUAUUAAAUACUUUUAAAAGUA